CCUGCUGCCAUAGCUGAGAGAGCGACACAGAGACCCCAAAAAAAGAUGGAAGGAUUAAAAAACGAUGAGUCUGUUGAAGGAGGAAAUCGCACAGAAAAAGCAAUAAAGUAAUAGGCUGCAGAACUGCAGACUUUUCUGUGCCGUCCCUUCUUCCUUCCAUGUGAUCUUCUUCUCAGAUCUAAUUGCGUUGUUUUCAACACUUUAUUAGUUCUAGAGGAUUGGGAAGGUUUUUUGUCCCUUGCGGAGAUUCUCCUCCGGCGAAUUGGGAGAUCCCAAUAUGAGCCCCGUCAUGGCAGUUUUAGGGGUUUUGAUCUGUAGCAGUGAAACUUGAACCUGGUUGUUGUACGGUAGGAUUUUGAGGUUAAGAUUAUUGAUUGAUUGAGAAAAUGGAGGGUUUGGGCGGAAGAGUGGCUACCCCAAUCUUGAUUCACCACCAUCAACAGCUUUCUAGUGUUGGGUUGCGAGAGCCUCAUCGUUCAAUUGCAAGCAAGCGCAGCCUUUCAUCGUUUCAGACGACCCAAAAGGCUCCUGAGACCUGGAAUCCCAAAGGUUGGGAGUGGGAUAGUGCCAGGUUUGUUGCCAAACCAAGAGAAUCUGAUGGACAGCUGGGAUUAGGGAGAAGAGGUGAUGAGCUGUUGAAUGACAAGCCUUCUGCCUGUGUAUUUGAUGAUGAUGAGGCUCUUAGCUUAAACCUCGGAGGAGGUUCCAGGUUGAGUCCCAGAGAUGAACAAGAGGAGGAGGAGGAGGCUUCGCGUGCCACAAAAAGAGUUCGAUCUCGAUCUCCUAACAAGCCUAAUUAUCCUAUGUGCCAAGUUGAUAACUGCAAAGAAAAUCUGAAACAUGGCAAGGACUACCACCGACGUCACAAGGUUUGUGAGGCUCACAGUAAAGCAAGCCAAGUGUUGGUGGGGAAGCAGAUGCAACGGUUUUGCCAGCAAUGCAGCAGGUUUCAUCCUCUUUCAGAAUUCGAUGAGGGUAAGAGGAGUUGUAGGCGUAGACUUGCUGGGCAUAACAAGAGGAGGAGAAAAACUCAGCCAGAGGACACAACAUCACGACCACUGCUUCCAGGAAGCAAUGAUAUUUCUGGUAAUCGUGACUUGAACUUAGUCAAUUUGCUCGCAGUUCUAGCCUCUGCACAAGGUAACAUUGAAAAUAGGAGCACUAAUUUCCCAUCUCUGGCCACUGAUAAAGACCAGCUGAUUCAAGCUCUCAAUAAAGUUAAUUCACUGCCAUUACCAACUAAUGUGGCUAACAAAUUGCCCAUUCCUGGAAGCAUAAAUGGGACCAACACAAAUCAAUUCCCUUCACAGUGCAAAGCGAUAGAGAGUACGCCAUCUCCUUCCACUCGGGACCUUCUUGCUGCACUAUCUGCAGCUUCAGGUGCUGCUGCUGCAUCUGAUGUAGUUGAUGUUCACUCCCAAAGGAGCAGCCACACAAGUGACUCUGACAGAAGUAAAUCAGCAUGUAUUGGAUAUGAUUCCCAUAUAAAUUUGCAAAGAAGACCACCUCUAGAGAUUUCAUCUACCGGAGGAGAGAAAAGUAGCACAAGUUUUCAAUCUCAGGAGGACCUAGAGUCAAAUAUUCAAGAGACUCACCCUAUGUUACCACUACAGCUUUUUACUUCCCCGAUUGAAGAAGAUUUCCCACACACGCCUCCAGUUGGUGGGAAGUGUUUAUCUUCUGAGAGCAGUAAUCCUUCCGCAGGGAGAUCUCCUUCAUCUUCACCGCCGGUUGUGCAGAAACUAUUGCCUGUGCAGGACUCAAGAGUAUCAAGGAAGCCUGAGAAGACUUUUUCCUGCUUGGAGGAGAAUAGAAACAUUAAAGAAGCUAAAACAAAUGGUUCCAUCAUGCCUUUUCAGCUUUUUGGAGGUCUGAUAACUGGUGCAGACAGUUACUCAAUUCAAAGUUCUCCGCAUAGGACAGGCUACACAUCUUCGUCUGGAUCUGAUCAUUCACCUUAUAGUUUGAACUCUAGGACUCAGGAUCGUACUGGAUGCAUAAUGUUCAAAUUGUUUGACAAAGAUCCCAGCCACUUGCCAGAGACUCUGCGAGCACAGAUCUACCACUGGCUCUCGAAUAUCCCUUCAGAAAUGGAAAGUCACAUUAAGCCUGGUUGCAUAGUUUUGUCACUUUAUUUGUCAAUGCCAUCUUCUCUGUGGGAACAUCUAGAAGAAAAUUUCUUCCAAUACGUUAAUGCAUUGGUUAAAGAUGUUCAUCCUCAAUUUUGGGGGAGUGGAAGAUUUUUAGUUAGAACUGAAAAGCAAUGGGCUUCACAUAAAGAUGGGUACAUACGUGGACGCAAAUACAGGAGAGUAUGGCGAUCACCAAAGUUGAUAUGUGUCUCCCCUUUGGCGGUGGUUGUUGGGCAGGAGAUAUCUCUCACGCUCAAGGGGGUAAAUUUGAAUCUCCCUAGCACCAAGAUUAAUUGCACAUACACAGGCAGGGACAGAAUAAGCUGGGGUUCAACGACAAAAUGGCAGGGCGGUGCCUGUGAGGAGAUUAUCCUUGGCAAUUUUAUGAUAAAUUGCAUGCCUUCUAGUAUACUAGGUCGCUUUUUCAUUGAGGUUGAGGAUGGCAUCAGAAGCACUAGUUUCCCUGUUAUUGUAGCUGACAAAGCUGUGUGCGAAGAGUUGAGGUGUCUUGAAUCUGAUAUUAUUGAUGCUGCUGCACUUGGUAGUGGAAACCAGUGUUUUGAAAAGGCUAGGUCUAAGGAAGUAGUACAUUACUUGAAUGAGCUUGGAUGGUUAUUUCAAAGAAAACGAAACUCCAUGUUUGGCAGUCCAGAUGUCAGAGUUGUCCGAUUCAAAUUUUUAUUAAUAUUCUCUGUUGAGCAUGAUUUUUGUGCAUUGGUGAAAGCUCUUCUAGACAUUCUUCUGGAAGUUAACUUUGCUACGGAUGGGCUAGCAAGUGAAUCUCUAGAGAUGCUAUUAGAAAUCCAACUUUUGAGCAGGGCUGUUAGAAGAAAUUGCAAGGACAUGGUUGAUUUGCUUAUCAAUUUCUCCAUAUCUGUGCCUGAUGAUAACUUUAAGAAGUAUAUCUUCCCACCAAAUACUCCGGGGCCUGGUGGUGUUACACCUCUGCAUCUAGCAGCUUGUGUAGCAAAUUCACAUGACAUCGUUGAUGCCUUGACAAGUGACCCAGAAAAGAUUGGGCUACAAUGCUGGAAUACCCUAGUUGAUGAAAGUGGACUCUCUCCCAGUGCAUAUGCUUUAAUGAGGAAUUUCCAGUCCUAUAAUAAACUUGUGACACAGAAGCUUGCUUGCGGGGAAAAUGGUCAUAUAUCUGUAUCCAUAGAGGGUGAUCAUAUGUCUUUGAAGGUGAGAGAGGACCAUAAACCGAUUUUCCCAGUUGACCGAAGACCUAAAUCAUGUUCAAUGUGUACAAGUGCUGCAAUGAAACAUAGCAGGCCAAUCCGAGGCUCACCAGUAUUACUUUAUCGCCCCUACAUCCAUUCGAUACUUGCUAUUGCUGCUGUGUGUGCAUGUGUCUGUGUCUUAUUUCGAGGUGCCCCACAAAUUGGGACACAUUCUCAUUUCAAGUGGGAAAAUUUGAGUUUUGGCUCUAUGUAACUAACUGGUUUGAGAUCUAUGAAACAACGUUUGGAGUAGGUUGUGAUGUACUAAUUGGAAUGGCAUUUGCUGUAUAAUAAUAAGAAUCAAGCCGAUGGACCACACUUGCUUAAUGGAGAUGAUUACUGGGAACUGGAUGGUGACAGCACCCUUUUCAACUUUAUCAUCCCAUCAGUGGAACCAGUAUGACUUCAGCUCCUUGCUUUUUGUACAAGUAUUUGUAUGUCUAGUGGAUUCAGAUUUGGAUGGAUCUACCUUUGUGUGGUGGAUUCAUGUGGCCUACUCACUCCUAAUCGCUAAGUUGGGUUAAGCAUUGAACUUUUGAUGAAAUUCAUGGGCUGUAGAAUUUAAACAAGAGGCGGCCAUUUCAUAGAGGGGCCAGACUGCCAGAACCUGGGUGAUUCACAAACGCAUCCACUCGGUCUUUGGUUGUGUAGUUAUGGGAUUCUGGUAACAAUAACUUAUUAUUCCUCUUAUUUUAAUUUUUAAUUUUUUUAAUUAAUAAUUUUACGUUUCCCCCCUUUUGGGGGGAUGGGGUGGGGGUGGGGUAUGAGUGUUUUGAAUGGGAAUUAAUGGACUGUAUCCAAUUAAUUAUUGUAAAGAAUCUUCACAUGCUUGAUAAAUUAUACUGUACUAUUUAUAAGCUAUGUAUGGUUGGACACGUAACUAUUACUCCACAUUCUUUUUCAAGUAUAUGGGCAAUAACAUUAGGGUUCAUAUAUG